CAAAAACUCAUUCAAAACACUGAACACAUGGUUAUUGCAAAGCUGUAAAGUAGGAAACCUAAGUGUGAGAUACCCAAAAAAAUCCACUUAGCUGAAGAAACGUACUGAAUGCAAGGGGUCUCAAGAUAGAACUGAACAUUGGGAUCUCUAGGAGUCAAGGUUGGCACCAUGAGUGCUGAAACUGUGAAAGACUACUACGACUACUCAGAAUGGUACGAAAAUGCAGCGCCAACCAAACCUCCUGUCGAAGUUAUCCCACCAUGUGACCCCACAGCUGAUGAAGGCCUCUUCCACAUAUGCAUUGCUGCAAUAUCUCUGGUGGUCAUGCUGGUUCUCGCCAUCCUGGCCAGGCGACAGAAGCUGGGUGACAAUCAGAGGGGACUUACAGGUUUACUCAGCCCAGUAAACUUUUUAGACCACACACAACACAAGGGCCUUGCCGUAGCUGUGUACGGCGUUCUCUUCUGCAAGCUGGUCGCAAUGGUCCUCAGUCACCAUCCACUUCCUUUCACUAAAGACGUCAUUAACAAAGAGUUCUGGCUGAUCCUCGCUCUGUUGUACUACCCCGCGUUGUACUACCCUCUUCUGGCCUGCGGUACGCUGCAUAACAAGGUGGGAUACGUCUUGGGAAGCCUGCUGUCAUGGACACACUUUGCAGUUCUGGUCUGGCAGAAGGUGGACUGUCCCAAAACCUCACAGAUCUAUAAGUACUACGCUCUGUUCAGCAGCCUUCCUCAGAUUGCCUGUCUGGCUUUUCUUAGUUUCCAGUAUCCGCUGCUUCUGUUCAAAGGCUUACAGAACAGAGAGACAAGCAACGGCUCUGAGGACCUCACUAGCAGUUAUUAUCGAGAUUAUGUGAAGAAGAUACUUAAGAAGAAAAAGCCCACCAAAAUCAGUUCCAGCAUAUCAAAACCCAAACUGAUUGAAAGACUCAGAGAUGCUGCCAAGUCUUACAUCUACACACCAGAGGAUGUUUUUAGGUUCCCUUUGAAGCUAGCGAUCUCUGUGGUUGUGGCGUUCAUUGCUCUUUAUCAGAUGGCGCUCUUACUGGUCUGCGGUGUGCUGCCCACCCUACACAUCGUCCGUAGAGGAGUGGACGAAGACAUCGCCUUCCUGUUGGCAGGUUUCAAUAUCAUCCUGUCAGACGACCGUCAGGAGGUGGUCAGGAUUGUAGUCUACUAUCUGUGGUGUGUUGAAAUUUGCUAUCUGUCAGCGGUGACCCUGUCCUGCCUGCUCAACCUGCUCAUGAUCAUGAGGUCCAUGGUCCAGCACAGGUCUAAUCUGAAGGGACUGUACAGAGGAGACAUCUUCACUGUGUAUAACUGCCACAGGAGCAUUAGACCGUCCCGGCCUGCGCUGGUCUGCUGGAUGGGCUUCACCAGUUACCAGGCGGCCUUUAUCUGUCUCGGCAUGGUGAUCCAGACUCUGGUGUUCUUCAUCUGCAUUCUGUUCGCUGUCUUCCUCAUCAUCAUCCCCGUCCUGUAUGGCACCAAUCUCGUGCUGUUCCACAUCAUCGGCAGGAUGUGGCCCUUCUGGAUGCUGCUGUUCCUGGCUGUGCUGAUCCAGCAUCUGACUUCCAGGUUUUUGUUCAUCAAGAAGGACGCAGGAACUAGAGAUCUGAACAACAGAGGGAGUCUGUUUCUUCUCAGCUACAUGCUCUUCCUGAUUAAUGUCAUGGUUGGUGUGAUCCUGGGCAUUUGGAGGAUAGUCAUCACUGCCCUUUUCAAUAUAGUUCACUUGGGACGUUUGGAUAUCAGCCUCCUCAACCGCAACGUCGAGGCGUUUGACUCAGGGUACCGCUGCUACGCUCAUUACCUGAAGAUCGAGGUGAGUCAGUCUCACCCCGUGAUGAAGGCCUUCUGCGGGCUGCUGCUGCAAACCUCAGGCCAGGACGGUCUCUCUACACAGAGGAUUAGAGAUGCUGAAGAAGGUAUUCAACUGGUCCAGCAAGAGAAGAAGCAGAACAAGGUGUCGAGCGCCAAGCGGGCGCGAGCGCACUGGCAGCUCCUCUACACGCUGGUCAACAAUCCGUCUUUGGUGGGCACCAGGAAACACUUCCAGUGCCAGAGCUCUGAAAGCUUCAUCAACGGAGCCCUCAACCGGACCUCCGAGCAGGGCAGCAAAAAGGAAGACAGUAUCAAGGAGCCUAGCAAAGAUGCAGAAGGCGCCGCCACCAACAACUGAGGACUGCAAAUCACCAUGAGGAGAAGGAGAUCGGCCCUCCCUCCCCCCUAACCUCUUCAUUCUUAAUUGCUGCUGGUCAGAUACUGGUGAUAGUGUUAUUUGCUUUGGUGUAGCAGAGAAGCACGUGUGUUUUAGCUAAGUGCACUUACAGCUCAGUGCCUCAGGAAGAAGUUCAUGCAGUUGUAAUUAACGGAUCCUUUACACGUGUGCAGGGGCGCUGCUGAGGAUUUUGGGCCCCAUGAAAAGAAUCUUGACAGGGCCCCCAACACAGCUGAGAGUUUUUUCAUAUUAAUUUACAUAAAAUCAUGCUCUUUUAUGGUAUUUUGACUAUCAUUCUCAUAUAUUUAAGUCAAUCAGACAAUUGAACUCCAUCCCAUGUCCAUCCACACCUGUAAUUUGUCCUCUGUAAUACUGCACUACUUCAGUACUGUAUAAUGUAUAUACUGUGCAUAGCUGUACAUGUGUAAUAUAGUGUAUUCACCACUGAUCUAUAUAUAUAGAUCAGUGGUAUUCACAUAUAUUUAUAUUUGUAUGAAUAUUUGUACUGUACACUGGCAAUGACAAUAAAGUUAAUCUAAUCUAACCUGAUAUUUUUAACAUGACAGUUGAAAUGUAACGGAAACACUGAAGUGCGUUUGAGAAAAUUGAGUUCCCUUAUCAUGCACUUUUAACAUUCCAACAGCCACCAGCAUUCAUUUUAACCGCAACAUUUAAACUUAUGGUAAUUAUCUUUAACACUAGAAUGAACAUGGCAUCAUUUUGACCGUUUUGAAAUUUGCAUAGUCAGUAACUUUGUCUAAAUAAAUCACAAAGCCUUGCUGCUCCCUGACUUUUCCUAAAACUACACGAAUUUUCAUUAAAACUAGUUUAAAUACUUAUUGUGUGAAUAAAAACAGAAAUAUAAUAAUUUCUAUCUAUAACGUCCACAGGCAGUGAUUUUGCGCUGUUUAAAUUGAGUUUUGCCGACGGUCUGGAUCAGAUAAUGUGAAAGUAUUAUGUGAAGAUGGUUGGCAGAGAUGAAUCAUGCUGUAUUUGACAAUAUAGGGGACAGUGUAGUAAUACAACUCCACAUCAUCUUCAAGAGAGGCACUGAAACCUCACAAACAGCUGAUAGUUCGAGUUCAUGAAGUUACUGCUUGCAAGACAGGUGCAACAGCGUGGACCGCAGCAGGGUGCUGAAAGUGGGCGCCGCCUCGUACAAAGAUGCCGACACCGGCUGCAUGUGAGGCAAAGCUGUGCACCCUCUGCACCCUGCUCUAUCGAAACGUGCCAACUUAGCGAAAAAUGCUACCGUAGAGACCUAGGGCCUCAUGUACAAAGCGUGCGUACGCACAGAAAAGUGCCGUAGGUUACGAUCAUUGUCACGGGCGGUCCACUAACAAUUUAGGCCUACUUACAAACCCACUUUUUUUCUUGUGAAAUGUUGGGUAACAUACUGUCGACCCUUUGCCUCUUUCACUUCUCUUAUUUUUUUCUCUUUCCGUUUUUGACUUCCAGAUUUUUCAGGCAUUUUCACAUCCUCUGUCAAGUUGAAUCUGCCGGCGCUAUUGUGUUGCCUUGGUUACUGGAUACAAUUUGGGCGGACUAAACCAUUUUAUGAUAAUCGAGAGGGGGAGAGGGGCCCACGGACGUUUGUGUUUCCUAAACAAAUACAUUUUUUGACACCAGGAAACCGCAAAUAGAAUAAUUUAAAGUUAAUAAUUUUUACUAUCAAAUAUUUUUUUUUAGCACCACAAUUUUAUUGGGGGCUUCUCUGGGCCCCCUCUUAGUCAUGGGCCCCGAGAAUCGUCAUCGUUUACCCCCCCUUUACAGCGCCCCAGCACGUGUGUGUGGAUGGAUGGAUUGUAUCUUUUGUUGCAUGCGUGAGUGAGACUGUCUCUCCGUCUUGGGCUUAGCGUAUCAGGAAAUGGUUAGUUUGGCACUGAACUCCCUUCUAACCGCUUGAUGCGAGGUUAUAGGCUACGUGUGACUAUUUAUGAAUGUACAGGUUCUGCUCGUUUGCUCAUUGACGAAUUCUUCAUUUCCUCUCUGCGUCUUCAUUUUGCAUUCACUGGUGUGACCAGUGGUGAGAAAGUUAUUAACAUAAAUGAAACCACUAAUGUCCAUUACCCAUUAUGCGUUUAUCUUUGUUUGAUCUCAUAAAGACAACAUCUAUUGUAAUUGUAUUACAAUUGUUUUCAUUUCUGACAAAAUAUAAAUAGGCUACAGUCGGUCUCGCUGUUACAUUGACAUUUCAUUUUGAUAUUCCCUCUAUUAUGACUUGUUCUGCUACCUAUGGCAUAUGUGUGAUUGAAAUGAAAUAAAUAAUACAAAAAUAAAA